AUGUUACUACAAAGUGUGGAAAGUGCCAAUAUGGAACAAAGUGUGCCCGAAAAUCUUAGCACGCAUGCGUUUGGCAAUUGUGAAAUGAAACUCGAACCUCGAGUCCCAGAACCGUCACCUAUUUGUACAGAUAGUGAAACCAAUGUAGGUGAUCCGCGAUCACCAAAAAGUGCCACCAAAUUGAAUAGCACAGCCGGCUAUGCCCCAUCGGCUGCUGCCGGAACUGCCGUCGCCACAUCCCCCGGCACAAAAAUGAAGCUAAGCUUCAGUGUGGAUCGCCUAUUGAGCGUGGAAAAGGACCAAGGGGAUCAAGCCCGACAAUGCUGUGACAAUAAUAUCUAUGCCUGCUGCUCAUUUCCCAAUUGUUUUGGGGGUAAAACGGAUGCGGAUACGCAACAUACACAAGGGCCAAUUCCAGUUUCGCCUCAGAGCUACGCAUACGGGGGAUUGGAUAAGAUGUAUCCCAACUUUUAUGCGGAUUAUAAGUCUGUGCUCAGACCAACGCCCAUACGCGCUUUGGGUCACUCCCAAGAUCACGUCCCACCAUUUCCCACAUUGGCAACAAACGCUUUAGUCCGCUUCCAUCAGCAACAUCAUCAGUUUCAACAGCAACAUCAUCAUCAGCAACAUAAGUCAGCCACACUGCUGCACAGCGCCUCAGCAACAUCGCUCUUGGCGCCACUAAAUAGCCUCAAAUCAUUGCAACUAUCACAACAGCAGCAUUUUCUGGCCAAGACCCAACAGCUACUGGACAUUCCAACCACAACUCAUGCAACGACAACAACGGGGGCACCAACAGGUGCGGCAGCCACUAACGCAGGCGCACAAAAUGGCGGACACAACAACAACAACAGCAGCCAUGGCAGCAAUAUGGGUGGACACGUUCACAACAAUGGGAAAAGAAAGCGCUCCUGGUCCCGAGCCGUCUUCACGAACCUGCAACGCAAAGGCCUCGAAAUCCAAUUCCAGCAACAGAAAUAUAUAACCAAGCCAGAUCGCCGUAAGCUCGCCGCACGCCUCAACCUAACAGAUGCCCAGGUCAAAGUUUGGUUUCAGAAUCGUCGCAUGAAAUGGCGACACACGCGUGAAAAUCUCAAAAGCGGCCAAGAGAAGCCGCCUUCAAUACCACCCCCCGGAACUGGCAACUGUCCCGUAUCUUCAAAAACUAUUGAAGGAACCUCUACGACGCGAGAGGUCCUGAGCUACAGUUCAGAUAGCUGUUCAAGUGUGGAGCUCAGCGAACAGGCGGAUGACGAUGAUAAUAUCGAAAUCGAUGUGGUUGAAUAG